CCACCACAAAACGAUAAGACUUAUAAUGACGUCACUCUUUGUGUUAGGGUCGUGGAUCUUUCUACGUAGUUACUGAAAGUGUGUUUUCCCCUUGUAGGUUAGAAAAGUUGAGAGAUCAAAAUGGCAGAUUUCUUAGAUAGUGAAGCUGAAGAGUCAGAAGAUGAAGAAUUGGAAUCAAACUUAAAGAAACGAUUAGUUGAUGAAGAUGAUGAAGAGGAGGAGGAGGAUGAUGAAGAAAAGCUUCGGGAUGAAAUGAAAGACCUUAUAAAUGAUGAAGAGGAGGAUGAAGAGGAAGAGCAGAUAGAGGAUGAAGGUGGAGGAGAUUCAGAUGAUGAUAAUAUUAGGAAAAAGAAAAGAAGGCAUGAGGAUUAUGAUGACAACCUAGAUGAUGAAGAUUAUGAACUUCUGGAGACAAAUUUGGGAGUUAAAAUGCCAAGAAAGAAAAAAUUCAAACGACUCCGGAGAAUUGAAGAUGAUGAGAGUGAUGCUGAAGAGACUCAGGAUUCGGCUAACAGAGAAGUUGUUGAUGAAAGGGAAGCAAUAGCGAAUGAACUUUUUGAAGGUUCAGAUGCAGAGGGAGAAGCCGCAGAACCUCCCGUAGAGGAAGAUGAUCAGUAUAGAGACUUGUCUGGAUCAGAAGGAGAGUCAGAUCCUGAUGAUUUUAUUGUGGAUGAUGAUGGUCAGCCAAUCAGUAAAGGAAAGAAGCGUCGUCACGUAAAAUACACAGAUGCGGCCCUCCAAGAAGCUCAAGACAUUUUUGGUGGAGAUUUUGAUUUUGAUGAGUUUGAGCAAUACGGUGAUGAAUAUGAAGAGGAGGAAAUGGAAGAAGAUGAAUAUGCAGAAGAAGAUGAAGAAGGAGAAACAAAGCAAAGGCCUAAGAAAAGUACUAAGAAAAGGCAAACUAAGAAGAGCAUCUUUGAUGUAUAUGAGCCAAGUGAACUUGAGCAUGGACAUUUCACAGAUCUUGACAAUGAAAUCAGAACAACUGAUAUUCCUGAAAGAUUUCAGCUUCGUUCAGUGCCUGUGACACAAGCAGAAGAUGCAGAAAUUGAAGAAGAAGCAAAGUGGAUCUACAAAAUGGCUUUUAACACGGCUACCAUUUCUGUUCAGGAAACUGCCGAUCAAGGAGAUGGGGGGCAUCAACCAAUGGCUGGAAGGAAAGGCCCAACAGCUGUGUACAAGAUCAGAGAUGCCCUUAAGUUCAUGAGAAACCAGCAGUUUGAAGUGCCUUUUAUCGCCUUCUACAAGAAGGAAUACGUAGAACCAGAUUUGAACAUAAAUGAUUUGUGGACAGUAUACAAAUGGGAUGAGAAGUGGUGUCAGUUGAAGACACGCAAGAACAACCUGAAACGUCUCUUCCACAAAAUGCAACAAUACCAGUGUGAUGAAGUGAUGAAAGACCCAGAGAAACCCCUGGCCGAGAGUCUUAGGCCUCUUGAUGAUUCAGAUUUUGAUAGACUGGAGGAAGUUCAGACGACUGAAGAACUGAGAGAUAUGCAUCUAAAUUUUAUGCUGUAUUAUAAUCAAGAUGUACCUGCCAUGCAAGAAGCAUUUCGUAAACAGAAGCAGAAAGAAGCAGAUGGUGGGAAAGAAGAGGAAGCUCAGAAGGAUGAAGAUGAUGUAGGUGAUGAUGCUACAGUGAAGCAUGCAAGAAGGAAGGAUGCUUAUGCUGUUUGCAGAGAAGCUGGCUUAGAUGGGCUGGCUAAAAAAUUUGGGCUGACACCAGAACAAUUUGGAGAGAACUUAAGAGAUAAUUAUCAACGUCAUGAAGUGGACCAAUACCCGAUAUCACCUCUUGAAGUAGCGGGAGAAUAUGUCUGCAGACGAUUUGCUACUGCUGAAGAAGCACUAAAAGCAGCAAAGUUCAUGGUGGCAAUGCAGGUUUCAAGAGAUCCACUUGUCAGAAAAUGUACAAGACAGAUGUUUUUUGAAAGAGCCAAAAUUUGUGUAAAGCCAAUUAAAAAGGGUGUGAAGGAAAUUGAUGAAAACCACCCUUGUUACAGCUACAAGUAUCUCAAGAACAAACCAGUAAAAGAUUUGGAAGCAGAUCAGUUUCUUCAUCUUGUCAUUGCUGAAUCAGAAAACCUCCUUACUAUGAAGAUAAUCAUGGACAAGGAAGGAGGGGGUGGUGGUGCACCACAAACUUACCUCGAUGAAAUCAAACAGCUUUACUAUAGGGAUGAAUUUAGCAGAAACGUACAAGAGUGGAAUGACCAGAGAAGCCAGGCGCUAGAACUAGCACUCAACAAGUUUCUUUACCCUAGUUUUGAAAAAGAACUUAGAGCAAGACUAGUACAAGAGGCAAAGGAUGGAAUUGUGAAGGAAGCUGAUAUGAAGGCUUUGAGGAGAUUUAUUCUGGCCAAAAAACCUCAUGUAAUAGGUGUGGCAGGAGAAUCCAGAGAGGCUUUAAAUGUGAUAGCAGAUGUGAAAUCAGUCAUCUGUGACCUCGUGGAGAUGGAGCAACUCCCAACCAUCAGCGUAGAACUAAUAGACAAUGAAUUGCCAACUGUGUAUAUGAACUCGAAAAAAGCAGAGGCUGAUUUUCGAGACUAUCCUGCUCUACUACGACAAGCAGUUUCUAUUGCUCGUAAAGUACAAGAUCCUCUUAUAGAGUUCUCCCAGCUGUGUACUCCUGAUGAAGAAAUCCUUUGUUUGAAGUACCAUCCCCUUCAGGAUCAAAUAUCUAAAGAGGAACUGUUAAACUGCCUUUACCUGGAGUUUGUGAACAGAACAAAUGAAGUAGGUGUUGACGUGAACAGGGCAAUCUCUCAUCCUCACACUUCCCAGCUGGUCCAGUUUGUUUGUGGUUUAGGUCCUCGAAAAGCAUCCCAUUUAAUAAGGACUCUUAAACAAACACAUCAGAAGUUAGAGAACAGGACACACCUUGUUACAGUGUGUCACAUGGGACCUAAAGUGUUCUACAACUGUGCUGGAUUUGUGAAAAUUGACACUGUUGCAGUUGGAGAAAGUGCUGAGGCAUAUGUUGAAGUACUCGACGCCUCUCGGGUGCAUCCUGAAGCAUACGAGUGGGCUCGAAAGAUGGCUGUGGAUGCCCUGGAAUAUGAUGACAUGUCAGAAGAAAUUGACCCUGCUGGGGCCUUGGAGGAAAUUUUGGAAAACCCAGAAAAACUUAGAGAUCUUGAUCUAGAUGCAUUUGCUGAAGAACUGGAACGGCAAGGCCUAGGAAACAAAAGUAUUACUUUGUAUGACAUACGUGCUGAACUGAAUCAUAGGUACAAAGAUCUACGAACUCCAUAUCGACCAUCAAAUGCAGAGGAGACAUUCAACAUGCUUACCAAAGAGACUCCUCAGACUUUCUACAUAGGUAAACUGGUGUUAGCUCAAGUACAAGGAAUUGCUAGGAAAAAACCUCGUGGAGAACAGCUUGAUCAAGCCAACCCCAUUCGUAAUGACGAAUCCGGACUUUGGCAGUGCCCUUUCUGUAGAAAAGAUGAUUUUCCUGAAUUAAGUGAGGUAUGGAACCAUUUUGAUGCAGGAAGUUGUCCUGGUCAGGCCAUGGGGGUCAGGUGCCGUCUAGAUAAUGGAGUAUCAGGAUUUAUUCCAACAAAGAUGAUUAGUGAUAAACAGGUUACAAACCCAGAGGAUAGAGUAAAGAUCAACAUGAUUGUCAACUGUCGUGUCACAAGGAUUGACAUUGAAAGGUUUACCAUAGACCUGACUUGUCGAUCUUCUGAUUUGAUGGAUAAAAACAAUGAGUGGAGACCUCAUAAAGACAAAUAUUAUGACUUUGAUGCAGAGGAGAAAGACAGAAAAAUUGAGGAAGAUCAGAAAAAGAAGCAUAACAGGCAAACAUACAUUAAGCGUGUGAUAGUUCACCCGUCCUUCCAUAACAUCAGCUACAAGGAAGCUGAAAGUCUCUUGGCCCAGAUGGAACAAGGAGAGGUUAUCAUUAGGCCUAGCAGUAAAGGAGCUGACCACCUAACUGUGACCUGGAAAGUUACUGAUGGCAUCAACCAACACAUAGAUGUCAUGGAGGAAGGCAAAGAGAAUGCAUUUAGUUUAGGUCAAGCUCUCCGAAUAAAUGGAGAGGUGAGUAUGGCUUUUUCGUUUUAUGUGAGAGUGUUUGGAGAAGUGGAAAAUUAA